AUGAGAAUCUGGUGGGUCCUGCUUGCCAUUGGAACCUGUACAGGGAACAUAAACUCACAGGACAUGUGCAGGCAAGGGCAUUCUGGCAUCCCUGGGAAUCCUGGGCACAAUGGCUUGCCUGGAAGAGACGGACGAGAUGGAGCAAAGGGGGACAAAGGUGAUGCAGGAGAGCCAGGACUUCCUGGAGGCCCAGGAAAGGAUGGAAUGAAUGGACAGAAAGGAGAACGAGGAGCAGAUGGAAGAGUGGAGGCAAAAGGCAUGAAAGGUGAACCAGGUUCAAGAGGACCUCCUGGGAAGCACGGCCCAAAGGGACUUGUCGGUUCCAUGGGAGAGCAAGGCCUCAGAGGAGAGACUGGCCCUCAAGGGCAAAAGGGAAAUAAGGGUGAAGUGGGGCCCACUGGGCCAGAAGGCUUACAGGGCAGCCCUGGACCUGUGGGUCCAACUGGCAUACGUGGCCCUAUUGGCCCCCUUGGAAAGCCUGGUCCCAAGGGAGAUGCUGGGCCCCUGGGGCCCCAGGGUGAGCCAGGAGUCCGAGGAAUGAGAGGCUGGAAAGGCGAUAGAGGAGAAAAAGGGAAAAUUGGUGAGACGCCCGUGUUGCCCAAAAGUGCCUUCACUGUGGGGCUCACCGUGUUGAGCAAGUUUCCUUCUUCAGAUCUACCCAUCAAAUUUGACAGGAUCCUGUACAAUGAAUUCAACCACUUCAACGUGGCCACUGGGAAGUUCACCUGCCACAUUGCCGGGGUCUAUUACUUCACCUACCACAUCACGGUGUUUUCCAGGAAUGUGCAGGUGUCUUUGGUCAGAAACGGGGUGAAAGUUCUGCAUACCAAGGACGGUUACUUGAGCUCUGAGGACCAGGCAUCCGGGGGCACGGUUUUGGAGCUGAAGCUUGGAGAUGAGGUGUGGAUGCAGGUGACAGGAGGAGAGAGGUUCAAUGGCUUGUUUGCAGAUGAAGAUGACGACACUACGUUCACAGGCUUCCUACUGUUCCCCAGCUCCUGA